AUGCACUACUGUGUGCUGAGCGCGUUCCUGCUCCUGCAUCUGGUCACCGCGGCGCUCAGCCUGUCGACCUGCAGCACGCUCGACAUGGACCAGUUCAUGCGCAAGAGGAUCGAGGCCAUCCGCGGGCAGAUCCUGAGCAAGCUGAAGCUCACCAGCCCCCCCGAAGACUACCCGGAUCCCGAGGAGGUCCCCCCGGAGGUGAUUUCCAUCUACAACAGCACCCGGGACUUGCUCCAGGAGAAGGCGAGCCGCCGGGCAGCCGCCUGCGAGCGCGAGAGGAGCGACGAGGAGUAUUACGCCAAGGAGGUGUACAAGAUCGACAUGCCGCCCUUCAGCUCCUCGGAAACUGUCUGCUCACUUGUUGCACCACCCUCUGGCUCAGAGGGCAUCUUCUGCUCCUCCAGAAAGUCUCAGGUGCUCUGUGGGUACUUUGAUGUCAUCCCGCCUACUUUCUACAGACCCUACUUCAGAAUUGUUCGAUUUGAUGUCUCAGCAAUGGAGAAGAAUGCUUCCAAUUUGGUGAAAGCAGAGUUCAGAGUCUUCCGUUUGCAGAAUCCAAAAGCCCGAGUGCCUGAACAGCGGAUAGAACUGUAUCAGAUUCUCAAAUCUAAGGAUUUGACGUCUCCAACUCAGCGAUACAUCGACAGCAAAGUUGUAAAGACGAGAGCAGAAGGCGAAUGGCUGUCUUUUGAUGUAACUGAUGCUGUUCAUGAAUGGCUUCACCAUAAAGACAGGAACCUGGGAUUUAAAAUAAGCUUGCACUGUCCUUGCUGUACCUUUGUACCAUCCAAUAAUUACAUCAUCCCAAACAAAAGCGAAGAACUAGAAGCAAGAUUUGCAGGUAUUGAUGGCACCUCCACAUAUGGCAGUGGUGAUCAGAGAACUAUAAAGUCUACUAGGAAAAAAAACAGUGGGAAGAGCCCACAUCUCCUGCUAAUGUUGUUGCCCUCCUACAGACUGGAGUCGCAACAGUCGAACCGACGGAAGAAGCGUUCUCUGGAUGCGGCCUAUUGCUUUAGAAAUGUACAAGAUAAUUGCUGCCUACGUCCACUUUACAUUGAUUUCAAGAGGGAUCUUGGGUGGAAGUGGAUACAUGAACCCAAAGGGUACAAUGCCAACUUCUGUGCCGGGGCAUGUCCCUAUCUGUGGAGCUCAGAUACUCAACACAGUAGGGUUCUCAGCUUAUAUAAUACCAUCAAUCCAGAAGCAUCUGCUUCUCCCUGCUGUGUGUCCCAGGAUUUAGAGCCUCUGACCAUCCUCUACUACAUUGGCAAAACCCCCAAAAUUGAACAGCUGUCCAACAUGAUUGUAAAGUCUUGCAAAUGCAGCUAAGAGUCUCAGAGAAGUAGCAAGACAAGGAUCACAACAAUGAUGACAACUACAACGACGACUAUGAUGAUGAUGAUUAUGAUGAUGAUAAUGAUGAUGAUGGUGACAUUGACAAUAUCGGUAACAGGAAAACAGGAGAGAGCCCUUGCUUCAUCAGUGUUAAAAAAAUUGCAAAAGCGGUACUAGUUCAAACACUUUGAAAGUGUGUGUGCUGUUUGUUAAAACUGGCAUCUGAAAAAAAAAAGGCGAAAGCCUUAGUCUCCGUUUCACCUCCUCUGUAAGGGAGAGAAAUAAGAAGCCAACCUUUUCUUUUUAAGAAAAUAAAUAAAUAAACACUGGAAGAAGUUGUUAGUGUGAAUUACACAAAAGAAAACAAACCAACAACAGGAAAAUCCCAUGAAAUGGAUGGCUGUGCAGACCAUCCUAUCCCAUGUCUCAGCUGAUUUUUCUGAGUUGCUAUGCGUAGGCAUCCUUUCCCUUCUUCCUUUUAGAGUUCACAGUGAGUUAUUUAUUAUGUGUUACUAUAUAAUGAACAUUUCAUUGCCCUUGGAAAACAAACAAGUGUAUAACGUGGAGACCAAAUCUUUUGCCAGAAACUUAUGGAUGGCUUAAGGAGUUUGAACUCAAAUGAGCCUGAAGUGGAGAGGUCAUAUCAAUGACAGAAACACCUGAAUUAAUUAUUGGAAGACCAAGAAAGUCCACUUUAAGAAGGAGACCCUAUAAACACCAGCUCUAUCCCUACCACUGAAGGAAGCUUUUUGUAAGGUUCAAAAAGAGAAAAGCCUGUCAAUUAAGUAUAAUUUCCAUCAGAAUAAGUCUGUAAAGGUUUUUUUUUUCCCACUUUUUAAAAUUGUAAAUGAUUCUUUGUCCAUUUGGUAAAUCAAUGGAAUGUUGAAAUGUUUGACUAUGCCCUGGGCAAACUUCAGCCUGGAAUUCUUGCUGGAUAGCUCAGCACUGUAACCCUACUUGUGUUAUUGGAAUUGGUGAAACACAGCUGCAGAUCUUUUGCAAACAAUUCAAUCAAAAUGUUGACUACAUUUGGUAUCAUGUGGCCAUCAUUGCCCUAUUUUUUAUAGUCCAUAAUAAUGUUGAUUAAGACUCAAAUUGGAAUGACUUGGGGAUUCUUUCAAUGGUGAUUGCUCUAAAUUGUGUACUUCUUUUGGCUGGCCAGUACUUGCAAGUAAAAGCCCUGUAUUUGGACAUGCUCUACUAAUCCUUGUUCUGGAGUCUUUGUUCUGCCUCAUCCAGUGGCCUCCUCUUUUAUGGUGUUGUGUGCAUUAUCCAUUCUUAUGCAUGAUAGAAGCAACCUGGGUACAUUUUUUUCCUUUUUAUAAAAAGGAGUGAUUUGAAUUUAUAGACUUUCUCCCUCUUCUAAGCAUCAGUAUCAGUCAAUUCAGGUGUGGGAACUGUUAUGUAGAUAAUGGAGGUGAAAUGUUUUACUUUUAACUAGGGCUCAAGGAGCAGACAGAAACCCCCAAGUCUUAGUGAAUAAAUUAGAAAAGGUUUAUCUAAUUGUGUUCAGUUGGCCUCUUGGGAGAAUUAUAUGGGUAUUGAACAGUAGAUUAUUGGUAAGAAAUAUUUUUCUUUAAUUAGGUUUUUUAGUGUUAGGAGGAAAUGGGAAGAUGUACAUUUUGAACAAUUUUUUUUAAAGGAGAGAGAGUGUAGAGUUCAGGUUUGCAGAAAUCAUUUUAUUUUUCUCUGAAGUUAAAGUGUUUCUAGGUGUUCUUUGAAGGGGUUUGGAAAGGCACAGGUCAAAUUCUCCUGUGAUCAAAAAACUCCUACUUAAAUGAGAAUUAUCUGUACUGGAGGCUGAAAUUUUCAGCGUAAUGGCAGAAAACGGAAACUUACUAUAGGAUCUGUAGGAUGUGUCACUUUGUCAGUUGCACCAUAUUGAACUCUCAGAUAAAAAUUAGUAGGUGAGACAGUAAAAUCUUUGUAGUUUCACCUAAUGAGGAUCACAGUGAAAUGUGAGUCCCAAGAAAAUGUUUUUGAUAGGCUAUAGUUGUCCUCCCCCCAAUUGCAAAUAAGGGAUUGGAUCUGCAAGUUUGAAAACUGGAAAAGCAAGAGAUGGGGAUUGGUGCCCCCAGGAGGUUGGAGGCUUCCCAAUCCCAGGUUUGAGCGUGUUGAUUUUGAGUCUCUCUCCCACUUUUCUUCCAUUCACUCUAUGUAAAUCACUUUUAUUUCUGCAGGUAUUUUUCUUCUUCUUCUUCAAAUAAUGACAUUUUGUUUUGUAAUAUUUUGUCUCUUUUCAUGAAUGCACUGAUAAUAUUUUAAAUGCUCUAUUUUAAAAUCUCUUGAAUCUCUUUUGUUUUUCAGUUUGGGGGUUCUCUAAAGGCCUUGUUUUCCCAUAAGUAAAUAUUACCAGGAUAGGGGUGGGGGUGAGGGGAGAUGUGGGAAAUGUUAGUAGGGGGUCAGGGCAUGGUUUCUCUGUGUUAAGCAGUACAAUGUUAAGGUUGGCAUGGUUUUAAAAAAUGGAAUAUAAGAAUAGCUGUUUUGUAUUUUGGUGGCCAAUGAUGCUGUAUUUUAACACAAUGUAUGUCUGUUUUUGUGGUGCUCUAGUGGUAAAUAAAUUAUUUCAAUUACAUGUUGAUGUGUUUUUUCCUGUCAUAGUACCAUCUUGGAGAUUUAAAACACCUCUUCACCAUUGAUAACCACCCUGACCCAGAAAAACCAGUCCAGCUUUAACUGUUUAUGUUUUCUGCAUCAGGAUACUCACUCUCGGUCUCAUAGUCCAAGAACCAGUACUUAGCUGUCAAGAAAAAUUCUGUGCUGUGCUUGCACACUCUUCUAUAUUGACAUUUGGUCAUUGUUUGACAUUUUUGUUUCCAUCCAUUUUGACAGUCUACCAAAAAAAAAGGCAGAGAUGUUUGGACCAUGAUUUAGCUUUCUGGUUCUAUGUUCUGCCAACCCCAAGGCCAAAAGAAUUGGUCUAGACAGUAUCCCCUGUAGUCCCAUAACUAGAAUCAUGGCUGAGCUGGCCAGAUAAAACAAGAGCCACGUGCUUUUGGAGCUGGUCUUUGGGAAAAUGACUCUCUGCUUUACCAACCAUUCUGCACCCAAACCCCAUUCUCUCAAAUUUCCUUCAAGACCAGACAUCUCAAAUGAGUUGCCAGUCUCCUAAUAGACAUAAUAGUAAUAAUAAUAAUAAUAAAGUAGUUGUGGUUUAAUCUGUUGUCUUGCUUUUUUCCAGUGAAAGAAUUGGUUUGUGCAUACAGUAACAAGUAUUUAGGGUAUUUGGAAGGUGACUCUGUUCUUCACAGUCUGUGCUUGAUCUCUUACACUCAACUGAGAAAUAAAGGAAGUGUUGGGCUUUAAAAUCAUUAGUUCUUUCUUCGAAGAGAGCUGGCCUCUGGCCAAUCCCUGUAGCCCACAUCACCUUUAUGGGAUAUCACAGGGUGAUGAAAUUUCAACAUUGGAUACACCAAUGUUAGCCAUUGGAUACACCAAUGUUGGCCAAUUGUCAGUCAUUCUGAAUGUUUUUUUUUAAUCUUUAAUAUGAGAUCGAGACUAUCUGAUUUACAGAGGAUUGUGUGGGGGCUGAGUGUGUGUGUGUUUGUUGUAUUCUCAUUGUUAAGUGAAUGCACUUAUGAAAAACACUUUGCUUAGUAUUUGGUCUAUAAUUGAUUUUCAGUGUAUGGUAGCCAAGAUAAUUAUUCCUCAACUUCCAGAAACCAUGUUGUGAUGAGCUGUUUGUCAGCAGAUUAUGCUUUGGUUUUUGCUUUUCUAUCAUGACAUUAAUGUCCUCCAGACCUUCAUCUCAUAAAUGAAUCAAGUCAUUAGUUACUUCAAAGAUCAUUUCUAACUAUGUUUGUUAACUGAAAAUGUUUAGGUUAUGCUUUCCUUAAUAUACCAACUAAAAUUCAAAGUAGAAGAGACAGAAUGACUAGUUAGAUGGUCAUUUGCUUAAAAAAUUAGAGCAGCUAGUGCAAUCUAUGGAGUGCUUACCUAGUACUACUCUCUGCUAACUCGGGUCACCUGUUAGUGGAUGUGAGCAGAGAAAAGAACAGACUCAGAAAGUCUAAAUUCUGCAUCCAAGAUCACUCAGGUUGUAAGUGAGGGAUCUAAGUCAUCCCUGUCCACCACUCUUACCUCCUAGACAUAUGUGAGUCCCAAGCAACUGAAAUAUAGCUAAUCUGAACGGAGAUGUGCUGAUUUUGAAGAUAUACCUAAAAUGUAAAAUGUUUCAUUAAUUUUUCAUAUUUGAUUAUGUGUCCAAAUACAAUUUUUGAUAUAUGGUAUUGAAUAAAGUUUACUAUUAAAGCGA